AUGUUGCGCGCCAAACACAUGGGGUUCAAGAGCGUACGACGCGUCGAAGUCAAGGCCGAGACCACGACGCCGGGCGACGUCCGGCCCUCGAUGGACGCCACUGGCGCCCGCGGGAGCGCUCCCCGAGGCCGCCGCACGCUGCCCAAGCUCGAGUUCAUCGUGGACGAAGAAGGCGCGGUGCUCCACGGGCCGCAGCAGCGCGGGUCGUACCCGUUUCUGGCUCCGUCCAGCGCUUCGCUGACGACUGCCGUGAACCUCGAGACGCUGGACGCGGCGCUCGAGCGCGACUUGGCAGCGAGUUUCCAAGCGUUACAUAUGCGCGACUUCAUGUCGCUCGCUCGUCGACAAGAUGAUAUGGACCAAUCACAGCGCGUGUAUCAGCAGCCGCAUUUCGACCAACCACAGAGCUCGGAUCCGACGGAUAUUGAGAAUAAGGAUCAGGACAAUCAUAAUGAUUACGGGGAAGAGGGACCGCAGGGAAAUAGAGGGGACGCGAGAGGAGGAGCGAGUGCUGCUGUGGCUGCUGCUGCUGCUGCUCCUCCUGUUCGUGCACCUAUGAAAGAGUGCGUGUUGAACGAUACGCGCGCCACGACGUUGGCGCUCAAGUAUGACAAUGCACUGGGCAAGUUUGUCUGUGGCUCCUCGAUCGAGCGCUUCUCAGGUCACACGGGAGUGUGUCGCGUGCUGGGGAGUAAAAAGUAUCCGGUGAUUCCGCACAGUUUACGACUGGGCGAUCUGCUUCGGAUUGGGUCCGUGGGUCUUGUUGUGUGUGAGUUGAACCGCACAACGAGAGAUGAGACGGAAGAGGCGCUGACUACUGAGCAGUAUGAGUUUUUGAAGGCGAAUUUCUUGAGUUUGCCACUGCAGCAGACGUUUCACCCGACGGAGCCAUCGCCGACGAUGGAAGACAGUGGAGAACGUGAUGAUGAUGAGAAAGAUCAGGACGACACGGUGCGUGUGGGAGGAGAUACUUCAGAUGAAGGUGAAUCGGAAGAAGAUAAAGAUAGGAAGGCACAGCGACGUCCGAGCACCGAUGGGGAAGAUGGUGGAAGUAUGCGACACAGCAAUGUGCCUCUUGGUGUGGCUGGAAUAUCAGGCAAACGGUUUUGCUACAUUUGCUACGAUGGGGAGGAUGACGUUGAAAAUAAUCCGCUGGUGGCUCCAUGUCACUGUAAGGGUGACACAAAAUAUGUACACUUGGACUGCUUGCAGCGCUGGAACAAUAACUUGGAUGCGGAUGGAACGAAUCCGAACCAGAAGGUGUGCGCUGUUACCAACACUGAUGGUCUGGACGUCUGCAGUAUUUGCAAAGCUACGUACUUGACGAGCGUACGCCUCGACGACGGACGGGUGGUGUCACUUCUCGUGAAGAAGUUGCCCCCACCGUACGUGACGUUUGCAGUUGUGACACAGCAUGAGACGCGAAAUCGUUCAACCGCACUUACCAACACGCGUUUCCAGCUCAGCUUUGCAAACAUGCCACGGAACCAGCAAUACUUGACAAUUGGUCGCUCGACUACUAACAACAUGACUCUUCGGUACCGCACAGUGUCUCAGCUGCACGCCAAGAUGAAAUUCCAGGAUAACGAUUUCUUUCUAUUUGACGCUUCAAGCUCGAAUGGCACGAUGCUGUUUCUGAGCAAGCCGCUGGAAUUGGACUGGAACAAGGUGAUGCACGUAAAGAUUGGACGCACGAUUCUUACACUCAAGGCCAAGAAAAGGUGGAAAUGGGCAGGAACCGGGCCGGGAGAAGAUGAAGAAGACGACGAAAGUGGACGUGUCUCUUCACCGUGUACGAGUGCGGUGAAUGGAACGACGCGAGGACUUGAGAGACGUCGUUUAAGCUCGGGCAUGGCAGCCAGAAGUGUUGGUUUUGACAUGAGUGGUAGCAGCAUGAUUCAUGACCCGAGCACGGACAUAGUGACCGCACCGUAUUCAAGUCACUUACCGCGAACAUACACGGCGCCGAACGUGCUGAUUUCGCGUUUGAAUCGUAGCACACAGUCCAGCGCGUUCAAUUCGCGGCCAUCACGGCAGCGGUCGUUUUCGAGCAUCGCCCCAAUGAUACGCAGGAACAGUGCGUUUGAUGUGUUCCACGCCGACGAGCUGGGACUUGAUGAGCCUGGCGCUUUUGUCACACAGGCCGCUCGAGAAUCGGUGGUACUUCCCGUAACAUCGGCGAGUUCGCGUGAUUUUGCUUCUGCGAAUGUGUCGCUGUCAUCGACAAUGCAGAUCGCAGGCGAAGGUAUAGUUGGUGCCAAUGCUGACCUGCCGAGUCGCGUGGGUCAGGGGAUACCUGCUCCGCAGCGCAUUAUGUACGACAUGGUAGACUCUUUGGCCGAGCGUGGUGCGAGUCUCGUGGUAGCGACAAUGAGUCCUACGACGGGUUUGAUGGAUCAAGAAUAG